AUGGAGACCAACUUGAGUAGACUGGAAUGUAAAUUGAAGGAGAUAAUUUUGGAUUCCCGGGAGGGACAUUCUACUAAUUACUCGAAGUCCGUUCGUGAAGACCAUUUACAUGGCUGCGCUUAUGGCAAAAACGCUUUUACAUUGGAUGAUCCAGCCACAGGAACUACUAUUUUUAUGCCCUGGAAAUUACACCGACCUCUUGAGCUGUUAUUUUUCAAACAUUCUAAUAAUUCAACCAUGUCACACGCUUCGUUCAAAUCAUUUGUCGAUGAGUUUGAGUUAUUUCCAAAGUUUCAAAACGCCAGAAAAAAGGAAGAUAUUUUAGACUACAUUCUCCUGAAAUGUAACAAGAACAAUGACUUUCUACGUACGUUUAAAAAUUUGGACAUCUAUUUAUUAGAGUUUGAGGAGUUCUUACUGGCCUUGUUUCUGCUUGCAAAGUACCGUGCCUCAGUUUUACACACCAAUGAACAAUUUUCCUUCAAUGAUCUUCUUAAUUCUCUUUUAAGCUCAAACUUAGAUUUAAAUCUUGACGCUCUCAAACAAGAUGCAGGGAACCAAACUGACGAUGUAGUGAAUCGGCAGGAUGCGGGGGUAAAUGCGACUAGAUCCGUGUCCCAAAACUUGGACGGGGUUAUAUACCACGAAAACGGCCUUAUUGUGGACACAAACAUCGGUAAAGUUUUUGAAAGUCCCAGGAAACUUGAGACUAAGGAGUUUAGUGAUACAGUUAAAGAGUUGAAUAAUAGCAAGAAUGACGUUGAUGAACCCCGUUCACGAGUGAACCACAGUGGUACUGUUGACACGGAUUUAGUUAGACGUUUGUUAGAGGUUUUGAGGGACCAAAACCUGCUUCAUGAUUCAAGGAAUAUGCAGGAACGCCUAGAACGGGAAAUUAAGUUGAGAGACGACCUGGAAUCAAGGUAUAUUGAUCGACUCAACAAGGUUGAGUCUGAAAAGGACGAAUUGAAUAAGGAAUACGUCUCAUAUAAGAUAAACUUUAGUAAGCUUAGGGUUGAUUUUGAUAAUCUCGAACGUGAGUAUGGCCAGUACAGGACUGAAAAGGAGUCUGAUUUAUCAAAGUUGAACAGUUUAAACCGUCAAUUGACUACCGAUUUAGCUGAAGCCAAUAAGAUGCUUGAGAGGCAAAAGCACUUGAGGGAUAGGAGUCAGAAGACCCAGAAAUUAUUAAUGCUAGAGACUGAAUUUGAGGUUAAGCUAUUCUCAAUCUUCUGUGUAUAUAAGGAAGAGUUUCCUGUUGACGGCGAGUUUGUACUCUCAGAGGAACAGCUCGUUUGUUUUUGCCUCGAUUUCGGCCUUGGUGAGUCAUCUCCCCCUGCGAAUCCUGAUGAUCUACCUAAGGCCAAACAGGCCUAUAAUCAAGUUUUGGAAUUUUGUCAUGAUGGCAAGUUAACUUACAACUUAUUUAAGGAAUUUUUAAUGUGUUUUGGACAACUACUCAAACCUAAAUUAUUACCUGAAGAAGCCUUCAGAUCCAUCGUAUUCAAUUUGAUAUUUUCUGGUACAAACAACUAUUAUGAAGAUGACGAAUAUCAUCCCGUGUUUAUCACUGAUGAUAAUGACCCGUGGGCACUUGACCCCAAUGAUCAACAGGUUAGGGCUAAUAAACCUAAUGCUUCAAAUGAUAUAAAUAUUGAGGGGAGAGUUUGGUUUAAAAACCGUCAGGAACAAUUAAAAUCACAACUCGGUAACGAUCGCUUAACUCCAAGAUUUGAAUAA